AUGUGGGCCCUCAAACCUCACGCUUCCCUCCUCUUCGCCUUUUCUUCCUUGCCCCUGCUGUCCUGCUCCUCUCCCUCCCGCGUCCCGCGUACCGCACCAUUUCCAAACCCCACGCCAAAACCCCUCUCCCUCCCGGCCUACCAUUCCCCACCAACGCCACCGCUACCGGUACCGGUUCAUCGCGAGUGCCGAGGAUCGAAAAGGCUCCGCCACCACCGCUGCGUCGCCCACCGUCCCCGCCUCGUGACGUUCGAGAUGCAGAAUGGCAUAACACUUCCAAAGUGCUCCUAUAUGCUUCCAGGCCCCGUUCUCCCACCUCCACCUCUGCCUUCGGUGUUUACAGGAUCACCUAGUCCGCCGGCAUCAGACCCACAGUCUUCAUCGAUUGGGGCCAGUGUUGCCAUUAUUUUCAUUGUCGUAAUUGCCACAAUCACCUUGACUACUUGCGUCGUGCUCCUGCGCCGAGGUUGUCUCCGUCGCCAGGGCCGCUUGUCCAGCUCAUCCCUCUCUUGCUGCAGUUCUGAGUCUGGAAUGCGGUCAGCUGCAUCAGCAGCUGUUGCCUCAGCUGUGUCGUCUGUGGCACAUUCUGCAGAAGUGCCAGUGGAGGGGUCUGAACUGGUAGCAUCCAUGCCUGUCUCUGCUGAGAUGCCAAAGGGUGGGAUGGACACACUGGUGCCAUCGGCGCCGUAUCUUCCAGAGGUGGAGCGUUUGAUAUUGGAGUUGCUCGUGCUACCUGCAGUGCCGAUGAAGCCUGGGAGCGACUGUGCAAUGUGCAAAGAGUUUCUACCUACUGAUGCGCUCUUCAUACUGCCAGCGUGCUCGCACAUGUUCCAUCAGUCAUGCAUCAUCAGCUGGCUACGCCGCACCACACCGUCAUGCUGCCCGUCCUGCCAUGCCUCUAUCACCAUCCCUGCCUCAAACAAGACUAAAGUUGCUCCGACCUUCUGCUCAGUUGAAUACGACAUUGAGUCUCAGAUGCUAAUGCCGACUCCACCUGGCGAGGCAGUAGCAGAGGCUGUUGGAGGAUCUCAUGGGUGGCUGCGCUCUUCCCUGGACAGAUUAUCUGGCAGCUGGAGAGGAUGCUCCAGCAAUCGUGCCACUGCAGCGGUUGUGCCAGUGUCCUCACGGCGCACCACUGGAAGUUGGAGCCAGGGCUCGAGUGGCCGACUCGACAAUGACUCAGAUUGCGCUAAGGUACAGAAGCCGCUGCCAGUUCCAGAUAGUAAGGAGGUGCCAGAGGCUGUCAGGGGCUCUAUCGGGUGGCUGAGAUCUUUGGCCACGCUCUCUGGCAGCUGGAGUGGGUGCUCCAGCAGCUGUUCUUCUGAGAUGGGGUUGCCGGUGACUUCGAGGCAUGUCACAGAGACCCUGGCAUCAAGUGGACACAGCGAAACAGACACAUGGUCCAGGAGGUGGGAUCUUGAGGCUGCUACGCCGACACCCGAGAGGCCAUCGUUGUAUGGCUAUGCCAGAUGGUUCUUCAGAAGCUCAGGCAAGUAA